UCAUUUAAUCUAAAAAUGGCUUUAUACUUGCAGCAUGGUCGUAUUGCUGUAGCUUGCUACACAGAGCUGAGGUAAGAGUGUUCCCUGUGUGUGUGUGUGUUGACAUGGUGGCUGGUUGACCUGCAGUUAUUUGGCUCUGCUCCUCUGCUGUUCUUAAUGAGCUGUGUGAUCCUUGAGGCUGCCUCUCGGCUUUCUGUCAGCAACAUUCAAACGUCACAGAUGUUCCCCGGAGAGCAGAAGGGAUGACAAAUGAACAUGGGGCGCAAAGGAAAAGACUGGCAGAGGGGAGAGGAAAAACAGGAAGCGGAGUCAACGACAGGUACAGACAGAGAAGAGGAGAGGAACAGAUGAUGUCGAGGAAAGACAAAGUAACAAGAGUGUUGUGUGCCGUGGGAGUGGAGACCCUUCAACGGGGAGAAUUCAACAGCCUCGGCAUAUACCUCCUAGUGUCAGCGGUUGCCAUCAUGAUCUUUGAGAUGGCCUAUUUUCUGGACGCUCUCCUGUUCAUGUGUCUGCCCUGUCCUCCAGACUGGCAGCUAUUUGUGUUGUGGGGGAAGAUGGCUCGCAUUGGAGGCUUCCACAAGUUCCUCUAUUACUCCAUCAUGUCAGUGGUCUGCUUCUUGCACCCUGUGUUAGUGUGGCAUGCGGUUAUCCCAGGUAUAAUGCUUCUGGUGACAGCUGUUUUCAACUUCAUACUUAGCAAGAAAACAAAGAACAAGACACAGAAAAGGCCACAGGAGCGCUACAGCGAGCAAGGCCUGACCACUGUGUGUGUGCCGGAGACUGCAGGAGCAGACAGCAGCGCCUCCUCCCCAGGAAACAGAGUGGGACAAGUGGCCCUCACAAGUAGAGACAGAUGCCUCAGCUUAGGCGAGAGAGGAGAGAGCGUCCAGGCCAUGCUGCAGUUGGAGCAGACAGCAUUGCCCAAAGACAUAGACAGGGAGAGGAAGAGGAGGAGGUGGAAAGAGAGGAGGCUGAUAAGCCUCAGAGGUAGGGAGGAGCCUGUGGAGCGGGAGAUGGAGGAGAUGGACAGCUACUGUGAGGCUGAGCCAGACACCACCUCAGACACGGCACCUAUGAUUACUGACUGAACGUCCCCCCGAGCUCAGACUAAGCUCUUUGCUGAUAUGACAUGAUGGAAAGCUUGAGUUGUGCUGACUGGGUGCAAAUAGCAGGUGCUACAUAUUUAACUGGAAAUACCCCCAAUAAAAUAUCUGACCAGCCAAAAUAAGACAUAAACAUAACAUAUAAAAUUUUAAAUGUAAAAAUGACAUUUUUAUGUAUUCUCUAAGGCUCUGUACAAAUAAAAAAGUGUAAUUGUUGUUUCUCUCAUCUGUAUAUGCUUCAUUUCAAUUUCUAUAUUGAAGUAUUUUUAAUGAAAAUAAAUGAAGUAAUUUGA